AAAAAGAGCUUCAGCUCUCUGCCUUCCAGAGCUAAAAGUGAUGCAGAGAAAGCCAGCUGGAGUUAGAUACAACUAUAGCCAGUCUCGGAAUCUAAGUGCAGCUAGAAAGGGUACGGAUGAGCACCACUGAACAAGACGUUGUCACAAAUGAAUAUGAAUUUAAAAGUGCAAUAAACAUUCACUGAAGAGCUCAGCAGAGGAUCAAUGAAAGGAAUAAAAUGGCAGUUCCAGUAAUACAGCAUUUUAAGACACAGGAAAUGCAAAACUACUUUCCUUAUUAGACUCUAUAUUGUGGACUAAAAAACAGGAUACAAUGAUAUUAAAACACUGCAUAUUACUACUGCUGUUGGCCUCCUGCCCACUGUUGAGUUUUAUGAAAACUCUGUCAGACAGGACUAAUGGAGAUACACAAGUCAAGGUCACUGGUAUAUCAGAGAGUGAUGGGAAGGUACUCCAUCGCUUCAAACGUGGCUGGAUGUGGAAUCAUUUCUUUCUUCUGGAGGAGUACACAGGCUCUGAUUAUCAGUAUGUUGGCAAGCUGCAUUCUGAUCAAGAUAGAGGAGAUGGAAGUGUAAAAUAUGUCCUUUCUGGAGACGGGGCCGGUUCUUUGUUUCUUAUUGAUGAGAAUUCAGGUGAUAUUCAUGCUACAAAGCGUCUGGAUAGAGAAGAAAAAGCUUACUACACUCUCCGUGCUCAAGCAGUAAACAAGAGGACAGGCAGACCACUGGAACCAGAAUCUGAGUUUGUCAUUAAAAUCCAUGACAUCAAUGACAAUGAACCAAAGUUUACAAAGAGAAAUUAUGAAGCCAGUGUCCCUGAAAUGUCUGAUGUGGGUACUUUUGUUGUACAAGUUACAGCAACUGAUGCCGAUGAUGCUAGCUAUGGGAAUAGUGCUAAACUUGUGUACAGUAUUCUCCAGGGACAGCCAUACUUCUCUGUUGAACCUGCAACAGGUAUUAUUAGAACAGCUUUACCAAACAUGAACAGAGAGAACAAGGAAAAAUACCAUGUGGUCAUCCAGGCCAAGGACAUGGCAGGGCAGAUGGGUGGAUUAUCAGGGACUGCGACCGUGAACAUCACGCUCACUGACGUGAACGACAACCCUCCCAGAUUCAUUCAGAGUACAUACCAACUUAGCACAUCAGAGUCUGCUGAUAUAGGAUCAUCAAUUGGCAGGAUUAAAGCGAAUGAUGCUGAUGUUGGUAAAAAUGCUGACAUUCAAUAUAGUAUCAUUGGUGGGGAUGGAAUGGAUGUGUUUAACAUUGUGACUGACAGAGCCACGGGAGAAGGUGUUAUAACCAUAAAAAAGCAUUUGGAUUUUGAAAACAAAAGGAUGUACACAUUAAAAGUUGAGGCUGCUAACACUCACCUUGACCAUCGAUUCCUUCAUCUUGGUCCAUUUAAAGACACGGCAACAGUAAGGAUAACAGUUCAGGAUGUGGAUGAGCCCCCAGUUUUUAGUAGACCCUCCUAUGUCAUAGAAAUACAUGAAGAUAACAAUUCUGGCAGUAUCAUGGGAGCAGUUACAGCCUGGGACCCUGAUGCUGCUAACAACCCAGUCAGGUAUUCUGUAGAUCGACAUACUGAUAUGGACCGAAUGUUCAAUAUUGACUCUACGAAUGGCUCAAUUUCCAUAUUAAAACACCUCGAUCGAGAAACAUUGCCGUGGCACAAUAUUUCAGUUAUUGCCACUGAAAUAAGUAAUCCCAAGCAGACCAGUCGUGUUCCAGUUUUCAUUAAGGUUUUGGAUGUAAAUGACAAUGCUCCAGAAUUUGCAAUGUUUUAUGAGACAUUUGUUUGUGAAAAUGUAAAAGCUGGACAGUUGAUCCAGACCAUAAGUGCAGUGGAUACAGAUGAGCCACUUGUUGGGCACAAAUUCUUCUUCACUUUAAAUACUAUGAAUCCAAACUUUACAAUCAAUGACAAUGAAGAUAACACCGCCAGCAUUUUGACAAAAAGAGGUGGAUUCAGUCGACAUGAAACGAAUACCUACCUUUUGUCAGUUGUAAUAUCUGACAAUGACUAUCCUAUUCAGAGCAGUACAAGCACGCUGACUGUCAGGGUAUGUGCCUGUGACAGCAGAGGCAACAUGCAGUCUUGUAAUGCUGAAGCUCUGAUCUUUCCUGCUGGUCUCAGCACUGGAGCUCUUAUUGCCAUUCUCCUCUGUAUAAUUAUUCUUCUCAUUAUAGUGGUGCUGUUUGCAGCCCUAAGGAGGCAGAAGAAGAAGGAGCCUCUGAUCAUUUCCAAAGAGGACGUCAGAGACAACAUUGUCAGCUACAACGAUGAAGGAGGUGGAGAAGAGGACACACAGGCCUUUGAUAUUGGAACACUAAGGAAUCCAAAAGUGAUGGAUGCAAACAAGUUGCGGAGGGAUAUAAUACCAGAAAUGCUGUUCCCCUUUCGCCGGACAUCACCUAUUAAGGAUAAUGCAGAUGUCAGAGAUUUCAUUAACCAUAGGUUAGAAGAAAAUGAUACUGAUCCAACUGCACCACCUUAUGACUCACUUGCAACAUAUGCUUAUGAAGGAAAUGGAUCCUUAGCAGAGUCCUUAAGCUCAGUAGAGUCAGCAGCAACAGAUGGGGACCAAGAUUACGAUUACCUCAGUAACUGGGGACCUAAGUUUAAAAAACUAGCAGAUAUGUAUAUUGGAAAAGACAGUGACAAAGACUAUUAGUUUAAAUGUGAAAAUAACAAAGUGAAGUGUUAUUUGGAAACUUAAAACGUGCAGACUUGAAUAUUGUUUAACAAGAAACCCAUUUUUCACUUUCUGAUUUUUUUUACCUAAUGGUUUAUUUGAAUGGUUUAGGACUUUUGUGAACAUGCUGUGGAAAAUGUGUUUUGUAUCUAAAAGAAGAAAGGUAGUAGUAUUAUAUACCGGUGUUUAAGAAAAAAAUACACCAUUCUUUUACUCAAAUCUGGAAUAAAAACACAUGUAUAAAAUGACAAACUUAUUUCAUCUUUUUUUGUUUUAUUAUACAGUAUAGACAAAAUGUUAAUGUAAAAGAUUGGUAAGGUUUAGUAGUCAACCUGUGGUUUAAAUUAAUCCCUUGAUGUAUACAAUGUUGGAGACUGUAUACCCUACAGAUAAAAUGUGUAACAUGCAUUAUACAGUACAUGUUGUUUGAAUGCUGAGUCACAUUGUUUUUUAUAUUUAUAUUUUUAUAUUUAUUUUUAAUAAAACAAUUUGUAAAUACAAAUAGAAUAAUGUAUGGUCCAGAAUAUAUUAUCACACAAUAAUAUAUGUCUUGAGUUUUUUAGGUUUUUUUGCAAAAAUAUAAGCUACCGGUAUUUACUAACUAGCAGGCCUGCUGCCAGCCCCCCAAAAUAUACGCAAUAUUCUUGUUUAAUAUGCUAGUUUAUUAUAUUAUUAUUAUUAUAGCCUGUUACUAUAUUUUACAUAUGACUAUAAUAAUUAUGCCCUUAUACUUGAAUUCAAUCAAUUUACCGACAGAAUGCAACAAAGGUAGUCAGACAAAAUAAACUAAUGUCAUGUUUCCAAUACAAUUGCUUAAUAGAAAAUGUACUUGCUCAUAGAAGCAUCUGAUUUACUGUAAAGCAGUUUCUAGAUAUUUGCACUCCAGACCAAGCGGUCGUCUGCAACAAUCCUUUGAAUCCAGGUGCCUAUUUUAACUCAUUUUGGAACCGGAUAGUAAGCAUGAUCUUCCUCAAAUUACUAUGAAGUUGUUUAGGGUGAGGUAAUAUUUUCUUUUCUUUCAGUACUUUUGCAUUAUUAGUUUUAUGUGUAUCUGUAAAUACAGCACACAUUUAAAUUACGUCUACACACUACCUAACAGGUGCGACAGACUCAACCAAUUUCAACCAAUUUCAACUUCAACCAGCUACAACUUUUCAUUUCAUAUGAUGCAUUUUUUUAACAAAAGUUUAGGGUAUCAGCAUUACCUGAAUGCCUAUGUAUUUGUGUACAG